UCCCCAUGUUUAAAUUUCUGAAAUAACCAACAUUCACUCUACAAAUGCAGAGGGGAUGACACGAUAAUAGAUGGCAGUAAUAUUCAAAAUGAAGUUUUUCCUGGUAUUGAUCUGUCUUAUUUCAGAAGCGUUUACAUUUGCAACACAUUCUCCUGAAGUCAACGAUACAGAGGGUUGCUGUGGGCAAAACGCAAAGCUAAUUUACAAAGGUCAUGAUUCCAACAGUGGUAUAAAUAUCUAUGUAUUUGAAUACACGCCACAAAGCAAAGAAGCAAAGGAUAGAAGAGUUGAAGAUACAACAAUGAAGAAUGAUUUGCAAAGUAGCAGAAAUGCUCUUACAGAUACAGAAAAUGGAGAAAACCAUGAAGAUACAAUCAUUCAGACCACCAAACCUAGAAGCAUAUAUGGCAGAAAUAAGGAUCCUGACACAGAGACUGGUAUUAAGCCUGAUUUGAAGUUUGAUACUAUUAUUAGUACAGAAGGUGCAACUCAAAAUGACAUUGAAAUGUAUGAAAACACGGAUCUGCUCUCAAAUGCCACUGAGGGACUUCAAUCAGAAAUGUCACACACUAGAGAUGUGCAGAAAACCAGUGGACAUAGUAAUAGAGACGACUACCAUGGUACUGAAGGUAGUGCAGUUCUAGACAUUCCAGCCUACUAUGACACUAAUACUGGUACCCAAGGGCCACAAGUGUAUUCAACACCAAAUAUUAAUGGUUUCAGAGACAAUCUAGGAUGCUCUGAGUCUGAGGGACAAUGCAAGAAUCCCACCAAAUCAGCAGAACGUGUUUUUGUGACACAGCCAACAUUACAUAAGGACUAUUCCAAAAGGAGGAACAGGGACAGAAAAACCAUGAACCGUACAGUCAAACCAGCAAAAACAAGGGUUCAUAAAAGUGAGAAACAAACUAACAAAAAAGUCAUUCCAAUAAGCCACAUUAUUAAAAGAAUCUUUCAAAACAGGUAUGGACAAAGAAGAAAGGCUGGUGGGUACAGACACAGUUCAUCAGAAAGCAGAAGUGACAGUAGCCAGGAAUUUGAUUAAAUCUUGGGAUAAUUGAAUAUAUAAAGUGCUAGAAGGCCUUACUUCAUAUGGUGGCCAUUAAUUAUACUUUUCUUGAAAAUAAAAAUAUUUAAGUGGGUUUUC